GGGAACGAAAGAUGGCGGUCGAGACAUUUCUCUCCAGUCUGUUAGGGCUGCUGCUCCUGGGGUUCUUGUUACCUGCAAGUCUGACCGACGGUGUCGGAAGCCUGAACCUGGAGGAGCUGAGUGAGAUGCGUUAUGGGAUCGAGAUCCUGCCUUUGCCUGUCUUGGGAGGGCAGAGCCAGGCUUCAGAUGUGGUGAUUGUCUCCUCUAAGUACAAACAGCGCUAUGAAUGUCGCCUGCCAGCUGGAGCCAUUCAUUUCCAGCGUGAAAGGGAGGAGGAGGCACCUGCUUACCAAGGGCCUGGGGUCCCUGAGUUAUUGAACCCGAUGAAAGAUGCUCCCUGCCUGCUAAAGACAAAGGACUGGUGGACAUAUGAAUUCUGCUAUGGACGACACAUCCAGCAGUACCACAUGGAAGACACAGAGAUCAAAGGUGAAGUCCUCUAUCUUGGCUACUACCAAUCUGCCUUCGACUGGAAUGAUGAAACAGCCAAGGCCUCCAAGCAGCAUCGUCUGAAGCGCUACCACAGCCAGAUCUAUGGGAAUGGGUCCAAGUGUGACCUCAACGGGAGACCCCGGGAGGCCGAAGUUCGAUUCCUGUGUGACGAGGGUGCUGGUAUUUCUGGGGACUACAUCGACCGUGUGGAUGAGCCUCUGUCCUGCUCUUAUGUGUUGACCAUAAGGACUCCACGGCUUUGCCUCCACCCUCUCCUCCGUCCCCCACCCAGUGCUGCUCCCCAAGCCAUUCUCUGCCACCCUGCCCUGCAGCCAGAGGAGUACAUGGCCUACAUCCAACAGCAAGCUGACUCCAAACAGUAUGGAGACAAAAUCAUAGAGCUGCAAGACCUGGAUCCCCAAGUGUGGAGUGAGACCAAGUCUGAGUCAGCACCCCCAAAGAGAGAAGGUACAAGCCCAGCCAAGGAGGACAAUAAGGAAUCAGAUUUCUGGAAGAUGGUUCAUGAGCAAGAGGACCAGGUCCUGGGAGGGCAGGAGGCACAGGCUGAGGAGCGGGAACCAAACAUGGAGGCAGCAGAUCCAGCUCCGCGUUCUCCUGAUGAUUUUCAGAACAACGUGCAGGUCAAAGUCAUCCGGAAUCCUGCAGACUUGAUUCGAUUGAUAGAGGAGCUGAAAGGUGGAGCAAAAAAGGGGAAGCCAAACUUGGGUGAGGAGCAGCCUGCAGAUGAUGCUGAAGAAGUCCCUCAAAGGGACCCUGAGGUAAAGGAAAAGGGUGAUGACGUAGAACAGCAGAGUGGGGUAGAAGAAGAAGAGGAGGAGGAUGAAGAGGAAGAUGAGGAUGAACAGCAGUUACUAGGAGAAUUUGAGAAGGAACUGGAAGGGAUACUGCUCCCGUCUGACCGAGAGCAGCUCCGUUCAGAGACAGAGAAGGAACUUGACCCAGAUGGGCUGAAGAAGGAGUCAGAGCGUGAUCGGGCAAUGCUAGCCCUUACAUCCACUCUCAACAAGCUCAUCAAAAGGCUGGAGGAAAAACAGAGUCCACAGCUGGUGAAGAGGCGCCAGAAAAGGAGGGUUGUUCCCAAAAAACCUACCCCUUCCCCACAGCCUACAGAGGAGGAUCCUGAGCACAGAGUCCGGGUCCGGGUCACCAGGCUCCAUCACGGAGGCCCCAAUCAGGAUCUGACUGUCCUCGAGAUGAAACGGGAAAACCCACAGCUGAAACAAAUCGAGGGGCUGGUGAAAGAGCUGCUGGAGAGGGAGGGACUCACAGCUGAAGGUAAAAUUGAGAUCAAAAUUGUCCGACCAGGGGCCGAAGGGACUGAGGAGGACACACGUUGGCUUACUGAUGAGGACACAAAAAACCUCAAGGAGAUUUUCUUCAAUAUCUUGGUGCAGGGAGCUGAAGAAGCACAGAAAGAACGACAAAGGCAGAAAGAGCUGGAGAGCAAUUACCGCCGGGUGUGGGGCUCUCAGGAUGGAGAGGGCACAGGGGACCUGGACGAGUUUGACUUCUGAGACCACCACCACCGCAGCUGACCCUCCGAGGAGUCUAGAAUCUUCCUAGACUGGACCUGCCUCCCUCACUCCCCUCCCUUCCAUCCCACCUGGGGUCCCUGAAGACAAAAACCACAGAGUGGUGCUGAG